AAUACCACAAGCGGACGCACAGUUGUGUUUUUGCGUUUGCUCGCGCUUGGUGGAGCAAAUUUAAUACACACACACACCACCACCACCGCCAGCUUCCCUGUGCAUUGCAGGAUCAGGCAAGUGUUUCGCCCUGAGGGAAACAGACGGUAACGGAACAAUUGUUGUUUAGUAGCCAACGGGGCAAUUGAUUGGAUUUUACAAAACGCAGCCCUCCCCUUUCUGUCCAUACAAGGAUUCCGGGGUUUUUGAACGUGCGCUCUGUGUGUAUGUGUGUGCGUGUAUGUACAGUGUUGGUGCUGCAAGUGCGUUCUAGAUGCGUUCGUGGUGUGCGUGUGUGGGUGUGUGAACCGUCCUUUUUCGGUGGAAUGCAACCUAGAGCAGAGCGUCCGUAAAGCUUCAUCCCGUACGCGCGUGUGUGUGUGCGGGUGUGUGAUAUGGUUGUGUUUUUCCAUUCCUUUCCCACCUACGCUGCACCGUGCUAGGCUGCCAAGGGUCUGGAAAGGGGCAAAACAGUGGAAGUGAAAACGACGCAGUAAGAGUGGGAAGAGCGCGGGGAGUGCUCGGAGGUUAAGCUCACUCAGCUGCACGCUCCGGGCUUCCUUCCUAGAUCCGGAAGCGAGGAGUCUCCCUUUGGCGUACAGGGCAGCUCUAGAACCCGAGGAGGUUUAUAACAAAAAAAAACACACACACACACACCCGUUUAUCCUCUACAUCCACCUACGGAGUGGCCCCGCGGAUGCAGUGUUGUUUUUUUUGUCGUUGCCGUUGCUGUUAUUGUGUCGUUGUGUUUGAAGAACGUCCUGUUAGUGUGCGCGCCUGUGUAUAAGUGUGUUUGUGCCUAUGUGAAUUUCGAAGGAAAAAAGGUAGCAGGCGGUGAGAAGGAAAAUCCCCAAAUCGUGUCUAUUUCAUCCCAAUCCCAAAGUGAAUGUGUGUUGCGUUGCAUGUAGAAAUUGUUCCGAAAUUGUUCCAAAAAAUUGCAAAGUUUUCGUGUGUGUGUGUGUGUGUGGGUUCGUCGUCGUACAAACAUCAUUUUCAUCAGCCAUCAGCCCGUAGCAAAAGCCAUGAGAGGCGGAGCAGGCCGUUGUCAAUCGGCACAGGUCGAGAGCGGACGAGCAGCACCACGGACGAGCUGAGAAAGGCGAUCCCUGGCCGACACACGGUAGGUGCGUGUUCUGAUCAUGCUGAACAACACGGCCGGGUGUGGUUUUGAUGGUGGUGUACUACAUACGGUGAAGCAAAUGAAGUCCAACCGUCAAAGCCGCCUCUCAAUCGGCUGAUGCCUUUCAGCCCAAUACAUACGUACAGCCACCGGCUAGAAAGGAUGGUUAUGGGUGGCCCUGCAACGCAAGCUUGCCAAAGUGACCUCCCAACGGACAUCAUCGAAACCGUUUGAGCAAGGAACCAACCACAACCACCAAUCAACUCACAGAGUAACGGCCACGAGCCGACAUUCAAGCGUCUGAACAGAUGUACAGCAGACGACAGCAGGACCUACCCACGUCUAAGCCUUGGCGACACACACUCACACGCACACGGAGUGGCUCCAAAGGCAUUCGGUUUGAGCCCGCCUAAUUAAGCACGUAGAAUAGAGCAGCCGAGCAACAACAUUCCUCUGCCGUUCAUCAAUCGCGUCCGAUGCAUCGGUACCGAUGUGUGGUUGGUGUGGUGCAAAGUCGAAGGAAUUUUAUAUCUGUGAUAUCUGUGUAAAAUGUUCAAAGUGCGUUUAACAACAACACGUGUGUGCGGUUGCGGAAACGACGCGGAUAUGAUGCCAUCCCGUUCGCGGAAGGCGAAUGAAUUGAUCAAAUGUCACACAGAAUUAGAAGGUUUCCCAUUUUAAUGUGUCUAGUUCCGUCGAGCGCUGGUCGAUGAGAGCGUACCAGAUUUAGAGCAGGUUAGAGCUAAGAAAGAAGGAGCUUGAAGGAGUUUGAAGUUUUAAACAAUGUUACUGCAGUUAUAACUACUUAAACGUCUAUCUUGUUAUUUGCGUCCAUGAAAAAAAGUGUCCAAUAAACACACAACGCGUCCGUAUUGGUAGUAAAGACAGCAAGCUGUAGAGAUUAGAGAGUGGUAGAGAAAGGAUAUCAUUUUCCUUCCUGUGUGGCUACCGGUGCGCGAUCGUUGCGCCGGUAGUUGACCCGCGGAAAAACCCCGUUCGCUAUGCCCGAUGAAGCGGCGUACCAGGUGUUCAACUAUGUGGCGGACUGCUUCAUCCAGGUGCCGGUGGUGGGCCGCGCCAGCGGUGAGGACGAUACGUGCGAGCGUGUCUGCCGGGCGGUCUGCGAGCAGCUCAAGAUAAAGCCGGUCGUGUUUGCGCUGGUCGGGUUGCGGCUGCACGACGAGAAAUGGUUCCUGGCCGGCGGGAGCCGUCCGUCCACGGACAAGAAGUACGACUUUCGGUUGCGGUUCAAGGUCCCGGACCUAUCCUGCCUGAAAGCGCUCGACCAGGAGCUGUUCAACUACUACUACAGCCAGCUCCGGUACGAUCUGCUGCACAACCGCAUCCCGGAGAUCGACUACCGGAAGUACAAGAACAAAAUACUCGGCUACGUCGUGAACGACAUGUACCGGAAGAUGAUCGAGGACAAGGUCGGGCUGAGCGAGCUGAAGCGUGACUUUGAGAAGUACAUCCCGCGCAAGAUUAGCCGCGAGCAUUCGGUGUGCUUCGUGAACGUCGCCCAGAAGCGGAUAUUCGAAUCGCUCAACUCCAUCCAGAACCGAGAUCACGAUGUGAACUACGUGAAGAACGUUUACAUCAACGAUAUCGACAACAUCGCGCCGGGCUAUCUGUACGAGGAGUACGCCGCCGAAAUACAGUACCCGCGGAGGGAGUUCAGCUCGCGCACCGGCAAAUGUCCGGUGAAGCUACGGUUUCAGCCCUACGGUACGGCGGUAUCGAGCCGCGAAACGACCAAGUACGGCUCGACGGGCGGCGGGCUGGAGCGUACGCUGGACCACGAGGAUGCGACCACGACGCCCGGCCUGAAGGUGUUUUAUGCCAGCAAGUGGCAGCACGUGACGAAUAUCGACGAAAUACUCACCAUACUGGUGGAGAAGCUGACGGUGAAACUCGCGCUGGAAGACCAGUCGGAGCCAUACUGUAUAGACUUUCAUGAUCAGACUGAACUGAACUCGUUCGUAACCUGCCUAGCCGGUUACUAUAGGUUAAUGUGCAAAUGGACCGUGUAUCUAUGCCAGGACUACCUUUCCUCGCCGAUGCUCAACUUGCUGAAAGAGCUCAAGUGCCACGGUCCCAUCGGCGGAAAGUACUCCACCGACAAAAUUCGGGAAAAGAACAGCAGCUGCGGUGCGUGCAUUAUACGCCAGUGCGAGGAGCAGUACGAUACCUACUAUGUCGAUAUGCUAGAAACCGAUGGACUGAUAAAAACGUACAAGCUUAUCCACGCCGAAGAUCAGUGGCACGUGCAGCGCGACAAGGAGGAAGAGGAGGUACUGCACCGGUACAACCAGCUGACGGAGGCGCUGAAGAGCCUCAACCCGGAGAUAACGAGCGUGUACCGGUUGCCACCAUCGGACAACGAUACCGCCCCGAACCUGCUGCUCUGCCGGCCGACGCACAAAGCCUCCCCGAAGCGGCUGCUGCGCGGCGGCACGCAGGAGCUCGGCCAGAAGCGGGCCUGCAUUAUCAAUGCCGCCAAGGAGCUGGUUAUCAAUCGAAAUGCGGUGGAAGAUGAAAGCGACGGUUACACGAAGCGAACGCGGGCCGACUUUUUGCUGCCAAACAACAGCAAGAUGGAGGUUACGCUCAAGCUGCUCAAGAACGAGAAGGAGGGAGAAUAUUUGAAGGACUUUCUGCAGGUUGCUGGCCAGUGGGCAACGAUCGAUUCGAUCGAUAUCAUCAAGCUGUACGGUAUGACCGUUUGCAAACCCAUCACGAUGGUGCUCGAAUUCCCCCGGUACGGUCGGCUCGAUGAGUUUCUGCGGACGCGGCGCACCUCGGUACGGCCGACCGCACUGAUCGAGAUCGGCCAUUCGCUGGCCCGGGCCCUGUACUACCUGCAGAAGCACGGCAUCAUCCACGGCCACAUCCGGUGCUCGUCCAUGCUCGUCACGCAGUACGACGAGGGCGAGCAGCGCGUGCUGGCCAAGCUGGGCGACCCGGGGAUGCACGGGCAGCGCCGGCUAACCAAGCACGAUCUGCUCUGGAUACCGUACGAGUAUCAGGAUCUGAGCGAGCAGAGCGUGGCCCGGUUGCGGGCGGAUCCGGCCACCGAUGCGUGGGCCUGCACCUCGACGCUGUGGGAAAUCUUUAGCCGCGGCAUCAAGAUGCACGUGUACAAGCCGGCCGAGUUUCUGCCGACGCGCAAAUGGCUGCAGACGAUGCCGCCCGAGCUGAAGGACUCGAAGCAGAUCUACGAGUGUCUGAGCUGCGGCUGGCACGCCGAUCCGGACAAGCGGCUCGCACCGCAAACGGUCGUGGGGCUGCUGGUGCAUGCGCGUCAAUUAGAUGGCAGCUACUGCACGGUCGGGAAUGGACACGUGAACGGUCACUCGACGAGCAACAUGCUGAAUGGGUCCGUCUUUAAAAACAGUAUCCUGUCAAUGGAAACCAAUUCCACCCUGAUUCGGUCCCGUACCGACUGCACCUCCUCGUCCUACGUAAGCAACGGAAGCGACAGUGAGCUGCGCAGCAAUGCCUCGAGCGGCAGCAGCUCGCUUCCGCUGCUCUCGAACUCGAUCAACCGUUUCAGCGGCGAUUCGUACUACGAGAAAACGUUCGUCAACUGUUCCGACUACAUUCAGCUGAGCGGCAGCGAGCGCAUCUUCUUCCACAACAUGCUCGGGGAGGGCAAUUAUGGGCGCGUGUACCGGGGUACGCUCGAGCGGGACAACCAGGCGCCGCGCGACGUUGCGCUGAAAACGAUCUACGACGAUCGGCCCGACCUGGGCCGGGUGAAGGACGACUUUCGGCGCGAGGUCGAUAUAAUGAAAAACCUGCGCCACACCAACAUUGUCGAGUUUAUCUGCUUCAUCGAGGAGCUGGACAAGCUGGUGGUGGUGAUGGAGUACGUGCCGCUGGGAUCGCUGCUGGCGUACCUCGGCUACAUGCGGUACGAGCUGAAGGAGCUGGACCUGCUGUGGAUGGCGCGCGAUAUAGCAAAUGGCAUGAAUUAUCUGUGCGAGAAGAACAUCGUGCAUCGCGACCUGGCCGCCCGCAACAUCCUGGUGGAGAGCAAAAAGUGCGUCAAAAUCUCCGACUUUGGGCUGGCGCAGGUAACCGAGGGCAGCAACUACUACGUGGCGCGGCACAGCCGCGAGCUGCCGAUCCGCUGGUACGCGCCGGAAACGCUCGAAACGCAAAAGUAUUCCUCCCAGUCGGACGUGUGGUCGUUUGGCGUGACGCUGUACGAGAUGUUCACGUACGGUGCGACACCGUACUCGCACGUGGACGUUAAGAGUGCGGCCCAGUUGUAUCAACUGCUGCAACGCGAGACAAAGAUAUUACAGCUUCCGGAGGAUUUUUCGUACGUGUACGAUAAGCUGAUGGCACCGUGCUUUAAGCGGGAUCCGCACGAGCGCAUGACAUUCAGCGAGCUGCUGGAGGAGCUGAACGACAUGAUCAAUCAGUACGGCGAACCGAUCUAUUAGGUUUCGCAGACAGGCGGAUGAGUUGAAUAGAAUCUGUGAAUAAGCGCUAGCGUGUUCUUGUGUGCGCAAGGCAAGCCAUUAUAUUUAAUGUUUGAAGAAAGAGAGCGAGAGCGAGAGAAGAAAGAGCACAGAAGAUGGAAAAAGGUGUAAAGUCUUAGAACUAGCAGGUAAGCGAACCCAGGCACACUGCUACCACGACGGAUGGUGUGUGGGAUCUGUAUUUUAACUUAACUGUGAGACGAUUGCACAGCACUCUGCGCACAGCACACGCCAUAAAAAUGGGGAAGAACAAGUCGCGUCACCUUUCCUUGUGAGCGCAACAACGGUUGUCGUGAGGAGAAGAAUCGUGUAUUCCAAAGCCUAAACCGAUUGCACGCGCGUUCGCACUUAUGCUAUGGAUAUAACUAUACUCUCACACACACACACAUACCUUCGUCAAUUUUGAUGAUCAUUAGAUACACAGAUGCGCUAUUUGUUGUGAAGAGAAUGUAGGGAAAAAAAAGAAGCCAAGCACAUACAUUCGCACUUGCUAAGAAACAAAACAGUAUGGAUAGUGUAUUGAAUGACGUUUUAGCCGUUCCUCUAUGUGCUCUCCCUCCCCCCGUGAUGAAGAAAACAAAGGAUUAAGUGUGAAGGAAAACAAAUUGAAAGCUGUAAGGAAAGAUAGUGCGAAGAGAGAGAUGCAAACCCGAUGGCCGGUGUACAAGAAAGUAUUGUGUGAACGAAUCUUAAUGGUUGUCCUUUUUACAAAAUACUCGUGUCCCGUGUUCUAGCGGAAUCAUAUUAGAAAUAGUCUAUUGGGAAACCUCGUCGUCGUUGGUUGCGCUUUUUAUCAAGCAAAAGUGUGUGUGUAUGUGUAUGUGUACAGUUUAAGAGAGAGAGAGAGUGUGUGUGUAUGUGUUAAUUAACACUAAUUACACAGCCAUACUCGUACAUACUUAUAACUUUAUUAACUCGUUAUCACUUUACUCGUAGUGUGGCAAUCACAAAACACGUGUGUGUGUUAGUAGUAUGCCAAUGUGCGCCUAAAAUGGGGAAAUACUAAUAACAAAGAGGGCUCUAUUAGUGGGUUGAACACACUCACACACAUCCUGUUUAAUGAUGGGAAAGGAACGAUGAAAUGUAUGUGCCGUGAUUAUGUAUACAUAGAUGUGGCUUAUUAGAGAAAUUUGAAACAAAAGCUAGAAGAAAACGAAGCGAAGUAAACACGCAAGAUCUACUAUGUGUGUGUGUUACAACUCUAAAUUAGUUUACAGUGCACGGGGACCUAACUAGAGCGAAAUAUUAGUAACAGGGUUUUUGGUGUAGCUGGAAGCGCUCAGAACUUUAUCUCGAAAUCCUACGAAAGGAUGGGCGAUCGAUACAUUUUUCCACGAAAACGCGGCGAGCCACGUCAUGCUGCACUGUGAAAACGAUCGCUUUGAGAAGAAUUUUACUGUCCAAUAGAGAGACACACACACAGGCACAGUCACACAACUACAUACUCUAUUUGGAACUGUGUUUUCCUACGAUUACAUUAGUUAUGACUAUUUUUAACCCCAACCUCUGGUACCAAUUUUCUACACGGAGCCUUUUUCCUCCCCGAAUCUUAAACUAUCAAAAACUAGAGAAACACGAUUGGAUCCCUGUGUGCCCCUCCGAUCUGUUGGGGAAUCGCAAAUUUUAACUAAUGAGCGAUAUGAUUGAGAUUAUUAUUCAAGUACAACGACACACACACGCACACACUCACUACACGACCAAAACCUGCGGAUAGACGAAAUGAAAACGCUUCCCUGAAAAGAAAAAUAUAUAGUUCAAAGUUUUUUGCCGACCGGAAUAUGGGGUAACUCGCGCGCCAAACGGUAUGACCGUUGUGUCGUUAGUAUGGUAGAAAAAGAAAAUGAUUCACGCCCUGCCCCUCAGCCCUAUGGAUGGCUUUUCGCGCCUGGAACGACUCUUCAUCUGUGGUGUGUGUAAUGAUGGAGGGCAAACGAAAAUUCCACCCAUAAAUUCUUUAUUGAAUUCUUGAGAUCUCUCUCACUAGUAGAAGACGACCGGUAGCAGUUGUUGAACAAAGGAAGAAGCUUAGCAAAAAAAGUAAAAGAAACUUAUAUUAAAAGAAAAGGUAACGAAUAAUAAACAUAGAUCAAUUUCUCAAAGUGCCACUUAAAUUUGAAACCCGAAGACAAAGCAGCAAGCAGCAAAACACGCACGCUCAUCACACCCCCCGCACUCACAAACUGCAUAAAUGGGAAAAAGAAGAAGAAGAAGAAGUAAAAGAAGAAUGAAAAGAAAAAGAAGAAGAAGAAGAAAAGUAGAAACAUUAGCAGCAAAACGUAAAACAACGAUAAAAAACCCCCCAAGCAAGAACAAAACUAAAACAAACAUGACCAUUUUGUGGAAAAUCAGGAGAGAACGAGAAAAAGACACACAAGUAAGCUAAUUAGAGAGCGAGAGAACAAAACUCAAAUGCAAACUGAGUAGAGAAGUGAAUAGAAAAUAGUU